CGCUCGUCGCACUGAGAGUGUCGCCAGCGCUGUCAAAACAAUGGCUUUGUUCCCGCUGCUCGCCAACCGCGGUUCCUGGGGUCCCACCGACCUGGUGAGACGCUUCUUGGAUGACGACUUCGGAGGCUCCUUCCUUGACGGCGAGCUGUUCGACCCGCCGUUCUACCACCAGCGGUUCUACAUCCAACCUCGGCACCAGCAACAGGCGUCCGAAGGUAGCGUCUGCCCCGCUCGCCAGCAGGGCACAUCAGUUGCCUGCACGCCGGACAAGUUCGCCAUCAGCGUUGACACCCGGCACUUCACUCCCGAAGAGAUCAGCGUCAAGACUCAAGACAACUGCGUCAUCAUUCACGGCAAGCACGAAGAGAAGUCGGACGACCGCGGCUGCUACGUGAAGCGUGAGUUCACCCGCCGCUACGUACUGCCGGAGGACGUCGACCCGCAGUCGGUGAAGUGUCAUCUCAAGCCUAACGGUGUUCUGGCCCUGGAGGCUCCGCGCAAGAACGCGCCGAAAGAGCAGCCCAAGCCCAUUCCCAUCGAAAUCAAGCACGAAGGUGCCAGCGGCGAUGCCAAGAAAAAGUGAAGAGGCUGGCGUCGGGGGUUUGGCGUUGCGUACCUUGGAUCACGACCAUGCAAGUCCAUCUUGAUCCAAGUGAAGCACGAAGAAGUCUCCAAGAAGUGAGCUUUCGCGGCCCAGCCCACCCCUAGUCACUUCUUAGUGUACAAACUGCCCUCAAAGAACUUUCGUUAAGGAGCAAAUAUCUCCCUUGAACUUGUGUGUCGUUAUAUUUAUUUUCUUACUUGUCCAGAGGACUCUUCGUUCAUUUUCUCUUUGUAUAUUUGGUACAGUGAAUAAACAUGACACGUGUUCACUUCUAA